AUAGAGUCUAAAGCGACGCAGGAUAGUAUUCUGGCCAACGAUUCAUUACUGGUUGGGUGUACUCUCCUUCCAAGAUUAGAAUUUUGGAAUAUUUUCCACCACGAUCUGUUUGGUAACAAAAGGCUGAGACUGUCGUCGAACCAGUGCCACGGGAGCAAGUUUGUUCUUCAAGGACUAUGUUGUAACAGUCGAUGCUAUCGCCGAAGUCCUCCAGAAUCUCUUCAUUUCCUCUUAACUGAACCUUCCGUUCGCCACGAAGUUGACGAGCUACUGCUGCGACCAGCGAACUGCCUAACAAACAUGGAGCGAUCCAGCAUCGGACCUGAGAUUCGUGAGCUCAAGUUGGGCAAGACGUUUUCCCCCCAAAACAACAAGACAUCCUUUCAUACAUUGAAAUAUGAUUUCAAACCAGCCAGCGUAGACCUUAGUAAGGUUGCCAAUGUGGAUGUCAGCGCAAACAACCAAGUUACAGUAACAGUGCCAAAUUUAGAAAGUUCCGGUGUGCCUCAUACAGUUUUCAAAGGGAAUCAAAGAAAAUACACAAAAGAAUUUGUUCUUAUAUACGACAAACAAACCAACACAAUGACACUUGAAAAAUUAAAUAAUAAUAUUUUAGUUAAGAAGACACGAACUGAACCGCCGCCCAAUAAAAAUUUAGUAACUGCACCGCCACCAAAACCAUUGGAGAACAGUACACAGAGGACGUCAUCGAAAACGAGAGUAUCAACUGGUGCACGGAAAAAUACAAUAAUUGGUUUUACUCCACGAGUGAUCCAAGGAUCUCCGUCGACUGGUACGCAUAAGAGUCCGCAGUCUGCCCCUGCCUGGAAUGCGAAUAACGCUCAAUCAACAUUACCUAGUAUUCCAAUGAUUGAACUUGACGAUGAUGUUGACCGCGGUGCUAUUCCAGGCGGUUCUAUGCCAAACGUCCUGGGUAAUUCAAACAGUAUGGAUUACCAUCAACCAAUGCCUUCUGCGCCACAACACCACCAACAGCACCACAUGCAGCAGCAGCAACCGCAAUAUCAUCAUGCAAACAAUAGUAUACCGUCACAUAAUAACUAUUCGGGAAGUAACGGUUCUAUGAUGAUGCAGACAAGUUCGGCUGGACCUAAUUUACACGCCGCUGCUUCACGAUUGGAGGAGGAAAUUGGUGAACUUUCAACAUCAGAUUCAAGCUCAGACUCCGAAUCGAGUGGUAGUGGUUCAGAUUCAGAUGACAGCGAUAACGAACCACCCAUACCAAACAAAAUCAAUCCUCAGCAGCAGCAACAACAACCAUCCUUCAACGGCUCCGCACUUAUACUACACAACGAUCUACAACUGUCCGAAUCGAAUUCCUCCGAUUCGGAUUCUGAUCAAUAAGUUGACUCCAUCCUUUCCAGUCAAUCUGCGACCAUUUGUAAAAAGAAAGUCAAAUCCAACAAACAAACACGAAGUAAAAUUUAUUCCUGCUCAAAUGGAGCUGCUAUAGGAAUUUUGUGUUUCCGAGUUUUAUUUGAUUUUCGUUCCAAGUCUAAAUUACUGCAAACAAUUUUAAAUGUUCCUAUUACGUUUUCCAAGACGACUUAUGAACGCUGAAGGAAUUAUGCACACAAAAUUUUGCCAGGGCAGAGAAAAACGUUUUUCGGUAUUCUCUGAAAGGAAGACGAUGUUACGAUAUUUUUCGAACGAGCGUAGACGUUUGAAUUCGCCACAAUUCGAUUUAAUUAAAAUGUUUUCGAUCGAUAUUCACUGAAGAGAUCCUGGGAUCUCUGAGAAUGAUAAUAUCUAAUGCUGAGUCGUUAAAUCAAGGGUUCAAGCAAGUUCCGUGCCGCUUAGAAACUUCGAAUCGAACAUUUUUUGUUUUCUGGCAUUUACUCAAAAUUCGCUGCUAAAUCAAGGAUUCAAAUGACCCAAAUUGCCUGAUGUAAUGCUGUCCUUCAUUUCAAGUAACUAUCCAUAUUGACUGAAACGCUUUGAAGUUUUUCUUUUGUAUAUUAAUUUUUAUGCCGAAGGAAAGAUGCAAGUCAAGCUUGAAUCUUCCCCCUAAUUCGUCAAAUCAUUCUAACCAGCUUUAAUAGAAGUGUCCCCUAACCUUUGAGAAAAGUUGGUACUGGCAGCAUUCACUCAGACAAUGAUUUUCAUUUUAAAGUUUGGCAGUUAAUACUCUAUUUAAUUUAUGUUAUGUUGUUUACAUCAACCGCAGUUGAAGUUUUCAAAAGGGAAGAACGAACGAAAAUCAACAAAAGCUGAUUUCAAUUCUUCUUAACUAUUAUACAUAUAUGUAAAGGAUGAAACAAUAAUUUUUAUUAUUAUUAAAACAAUUAUAGAUCAGUUCUUUCUGUUUGUUUAUAUAUAAAUACGAAAAAAGCAUAAAUUAAAAAAAAAAACGAUAAAAAUAUAAAUGGAAACGAAAAGAAUGUGGAAAAAAGAAAAUAUAUAUUAAAUAAGGAUUAAAUAUAAAUCAUGAAGCAAAACAAAAAAAGUG